AUAUGCUCCUCUCCCCGCCUGCCCUGAACGCCUCCAUUGGACUAGAGGGACCAGGACCACUACUAUAAACAGUCCCAGCGAGAGAGGAAGACCACGUCGUAGUUGUCCAAGUUGGAGAACUUCUACAAGCGUUUGGACUUUUUAUUUUUUUUUCGCGUUUCUCAAAAACAAACAAAAACUGUGGUGGGAGGGGGGUCCAAGCAGUUUCUCUGUAGGACUUUGUAUACGACUGUUUUUUUUUUCUUCUCCUUCUUCUGUAAAGUUUGCGCUCUCUUGAUGCAAUAAGAAACUAUCGAGAUCUUUUCUCUGACCAGACGGGAUGUUUAAGUCGUCGUUUAAAUAACUUUUCCAUGAGGAUUAUCUGUCUGACGUGAGGUUCAACGCCGUCGAGGAAAGAAGAGUUUCUUCAUCUGGGCGCAGAAAUCGGCAUGUAGCGCAGGAUCCAGGCACUCCUCGUCGUUAUCCUCCUCCUCCUCCCCCCCCACCCGCCGGACAACUUUGGGAAUGGGCCAGCGCCUUGCCAGGGUGCAUCUCUCCACCCGCUGGUGUGGCUGGCGUCGCGCGAGAGUGAGGAGGGCAGCAGCAGCAGCAGCAGCAGCAGCAGCAGUAGCAGCAGCAGCCAGGUCAUAGAGCCUGCCCACCCCUCUCACCGCUCGCUUGCUCUCAAGUGACUUUUGACCUUUGACUCAGCUGCGACUCUACCGCCCCCUCGCCCCCCCCCUCCGCCCUGACCUCCGGCCGGCCAUGCCCUUCCGGCUGAAGCUGCGGCGCACGCGGCGCUACAACGUCCUGAGCAAGAACUACUUCGUGACGAGGAUCCGCCUGCUGGACACCAACGUGAUUGAAUGCACGCUGUCUGUGGAGAGCACGGGACAGGAAUGUCUGGAGGCGGUGGCCCAGAGGUUGGAGCUUCGGGAGACACACUACUUCGGGCUAUGGUUCCAAGGGAAGACCCAGGCCCCGGCCCAUCGCUGGGUCGAACUCGAGAAGCCCCUGAAGAAGCAGCUGGACAAGUUUGGCAACGAGCCGAUGCUCUUCUUCGGAGUCAUGUUUUACGUCCCCAAUGUUUCCCGGCUGGAGCAGGAAGCCACCAGGUACCAGUAUUACCUGCAGGUGAAGAAGGCAGUGUUGGAUGGACGUCUGCACUGCAGCGUGGAGCAGGGCAUCAGACUAGCUGGCCUAGCAGUACAAGCCGACUUCGGAGACUUCACGCAGUUCCUGUCUCAGGACUUCCUCAGGGAGUACGUGCUCUUCCCGGUGAACUGGUCAAAUGUGGACGAGGUGCUGGAAGAGUGGACCCAGAAAGUUGCUGAGGAGCACAAGAAUCACUGUCGAAUGCCGGCCGCUGAGGCAGAGCUGCUGUACAUCAAGGAGGUGGAAAAGCUGGACGGCUUCGGCCAGGAGAGCUUUCCUGCUAAGGACAACUACACCAACGACAUUUUCAUCGGUGUGUCUUUCAUCGGAGUGUUUGUCAAACACAGAAACGGUCGGUCCAUCAUGCUCCACAAGUGGAAGGACAUCGGGACCAUAGCGCACAACAAGGCGGCCAUCACAGUGGAGAUAACGAGCAGAGACGACACCAUCGUUUUUCACAUGGAGGAUAUGGAAAUGGCCAAGUACGUCGCUCGCCUUUUCACGGCCAGGCACAAAUUCUACAAACAGAACAAGAUCUGUGCAGAGCCCACUCACUCACCUGCACCAAUAAGGAGGAGACCCACACGGACCCAUCGCCUGUCUCUGCCGCGGCCCCAGUCCUGUACCUUCCAGCCAGUGCAUUCCCAGUAUGGAGAACAUUUUCAGGACACGCAGAGCUCUCAAGACAGCAUCUUCCCUGACGACCCUUAUUUUAAGUCAGAGACCAGUCUGGAUCGCUGCCCGGUGGAUUUUAGCUUCAGGAACGGCACAGUGCCCAACGGCAGCAUGUACAGCAGCCCCAGCUUGAGCUCCCUCAAUCACUCCCAGACGUUCGUCCCGGCAUCACCCAUGUCCUCCAACCUCAGCAUCCCCGGCAGCGAGCUCAUGCGCCCUGACUACAUCCCCAGCCACCGGCACAGCGCGAUCAUCGCUCCAUCCUACCGGCCGACCCCUGAGUACGAUGUCGUCAUGCGGCAGAAGCAGCGCAUGCUCCCUGCUCACCAUGACCUUCACAGCCAAUCGCUGCGCAGUCUGAACAUCAGCAACGCCGGCGCAUACCGCCAACCAGAGGUGCUGGUUUAUAGCCAGCCAGAGAUAAGGGACAGGGGCCCCUAUCAUGGCCUAGGCCCCAGCGCUGGACAUUACACGCCACAGAUCAGCUAUAGCAAGCCGGUGUCCCAUGGCCCCCAUCAGGGAGGACCAGCCAGCAGCCAGGGCCCGUGUCAUUCACCUUGUGUAAAUGGCGGCGGAGGCAGCAAUGGAGGCGUAGGAAGCUCCAUCUCCCACACGGUCAGCACGCCCGAGCUGGCAAACACCAAACAGCAAGGGGUCAGCAUGGGAAGCUACGCUGCCACAGCUAACAUGCUGAGGAAUCACAUGUCACGCCCCCCGCCACCUUAUCCCUCCAGCAACUUCCGCCCAGCCACCAGCACACCGGACCUGGCCAGCCAUCGCCAUCGCUGCAUCGGGGGCAGCAGUCCAGAGUUGGUUACCCGCAUGGUGCAGCUGUCGGUCAAGACCUUCCAGCCGGACAGCUCGGCCGUGGUGCACCAGUCCCUUCAGGAGGUUAGCGAACCAUUGACUGCGUCCGUUAAGCACCGGUCCACCCUGGGUAAGCGACACAGCAUGGAGGUGAUCAGCAGUAUGAGAGGAGGAGGAGGAGGAGGAGGAGGAGGUGGAGGUGGAAGUGGUGGAGGAGGAGGGAUGGAGGGCCUGGUGAUGAAGGGCAUGAAUGCUCCACUUCUUCGAAGGAACACUCUCAGAGAACACGUGAUGCCAUCUCAACCUCAGUCCAUCCCUCAGUCCCAACCACAACCCCCUCAGUCACAACCGCAGCCUCCACCCCAGCCUCCACCUCAGCAGCCAAAGGAGUUGCCCAAGCAGAUGUCUGCACCCGAGGCUUCUGUUGUGCCCCCUGCAGCAGUGUCCUACCAGCAUCAGAAGAGUCUUUCCAAUGCCACCAUGCUCAUACACAGUAGCGAGAGCGAAGAAGAGGAGGAGGAGGAGGAGGAAGAGGAGAGGCCCGAACUGGACGUUCAAAUCCCAGGUCUCAACGAGGACAUUAGCAUCAGCGCUCAGCUCCAGGCCGCUCUGGCCAAGCUGCCCAACAAACCCCCUCCGGACUACCCCGGUCCUCCUAGACCUCCUGGCAAUGCUCAAAUCCGCACCCACGCCCACAAUCACAACCACACGCACCACCACAACCACAAUCAAGGACCACAAGGCAACCAGGGACCAAUGGACCCAAACCAAGGCCAGGGCGAAGGUGCUGGUGGGACAGGGCCUUGUAGUGGUGGCGGUGGCGGUGGUGGUGGUGGUGGGACACUGACCCGAGGGGAUCAGAGUGGGGUGAAUGGAGGCGUUUUAGGUCCAUCCAUUUCAGAACCAGACCUGACCAGCGUGAAAGAGCGGGUGCGGAAGGAGCCGGUCAAAGAGAGGCCAGUGUCAGAGAUGUUCUCCUUGGAAGACAGCAUAGUGGAGAGGGAAAUUGCUCAGAGGACGCUGGAGAGGCAGAAGAUGUCCGUGGACUCCAUGAAGAGGCCGCUGAUGAUGGCCGCCCUCAACGGCCUCUACGUGGCCCGAAUGCCCGUCCCCGAGAGUCCGGCGGAGGACGGCGCCAAGGCAGCUACCGACGAAAGGUGCAAGACGCUGGAGCUGAAGCUGGAAGAGGAGCGGGUCUUCACCGAGUACGAGCAGGUGCCCAAGAAAAGGGCCGACUGCAUUCUCACCACGGCAACUCUCCCGGAAAACGCAGAGCGCAACCGCUUCCGAGAUGUGGUGCCGUACGAAGAGAAUCGCGUCGAGCUCGUGCCCAACAAGGAGAACAACACGGGCUACAUUAACGCCUCGCAUAUCAAGGUCAUGAUCAGAGGGGAGGAAUGGCACUACAUUGCCACCCAAGGUCCUCUAGCCAACACCUGCGCCGACUUCUGGCAGAUGGUCUGGGAGCAGGGGGUCAACGUCAUCGCCAUGGUUACCGCAGAGGAGGAGGGCGGACGGUCCAAGAGUCACCGCUACUGGCCCAAACUGGGCUCCAAGCACAACUCGGCCACACACGGCAAGUUCAAGGUGACCACCAAAUUCCGCACCGACUCGGGCUGCUACGCCACCACGGGGUUGAAGGUCAAACACCUGCUGUCGGGGCAGGAGAGGACGGUCUGGCACCUGCAGUACACCGACUGGCCUGAGCAGGGCUGUCCUGAAUAUGUAAUGGGAUUUCUCUCCUACCUGGAGGAGAUCCAGUCUGUGAGAAGACACACUAACUCAAUGCUGGACACCUCAAAGAGCCUCAAUCCGCCUGUGGUGGUGCACUGUAGUGCCGGGGUGGGUCGCACCGGAGUGGUCAUCCUCACCGAGCUCAUGAUCAGCUGCCUGGAGCACAAUGAGCCAGUGGAGGUUCCCACCAUGUUGUCUGAGCUGAGGCAGCAGAGGAUGCUGAUGGUACAGACCAUCUCCCAGUACAAGUUUGUCUAUCAGGUCCUCAUCCAGUUCCUCAAAAACUCCCGCCUCAUUUAAAUUCCCACCCCCACCCCCCCCACCUCCCCUCCUGUCCCUCGGCCUUACAACAAGAUGUGGCACGGCGGCACCAGAUGAUGACGACGGUACUACGAAUUAGCGUGAGGACUGUACAGCAGGCGCAGUUCACCGGUAGCUGGUGGGACGCCGGUGGAGAGAUUCGUGCUUUCUAUGUGGCGGUUUAAUUCUAGUUCCAGCCGACUCCACUCAUGGGAGCAAAGGAUUUUGUGUGGGCUCGUACAGAAACCUCCAACCAUUUCUUUUAGUCGGUGCAUUCAGAUGGACUCCUUUAGUCCCGUUUAACCUUGGUCCUGGUCCGUGCGGAACAUGCACAUCAGGGGCAUUUUCUCCAGGUCUGGUGGGUAACCGGUCUGUGGAUGUGUGUGUAUGUCGUUGAGGUUCCUUCCUUCUUCCACUAGAGGCUGUCUGCUACACUUCUCACCUUUUCUUCGGCCAUUGUUAAAAAAAUGGCGUUACUCUGCAUGAACAGUAGGUGGCAGCAGUAUUAUUAAUAUACUCUACGCUCUGAAAGAGUUUGCCAAACAAAAGUAUUCUUUAAAUCACUGUUCUAAAAUGUUCCUCUAUUUUUAACAGAGUAUUGAUUAACACAGCAAGUAUUUACUUCAACAUUGUAACAAAUGUUUUUUUUGUUUUGUUUUGUUUUUUUUUAAUUUAUUUCUAAAAAGACUGUGGUCACCUUUGCCGAUGGCAAGCAUGUCGAUCUUUUUGAACUCCCUCUUAAAGUGUUCCUUGGAUUCCUCUGAUUGUCCUUCUCUCUGAGCAUGUCUCGGUGCAGACAUUUCUACUCGGCUCUCUACUUCCCAUGCAAACACAAGCAGUGUAGUUCACUUUCACUACAGCACCUUCAGAUGUAUCUUGUCAUUUCUUACUGCCAAAGCAUUUCAAAAAGUCUUCAUCCAAAUUGGAGAUAAUUCAUACAUAGCCAAAAAAAAAAAAAGUGCCCGUUUACAGUUAAUACUGUAGGUCAUGUGUCAUUGUGCCUUACUGAAAUAUCCCUGUACUCUUUGUCCUGAGCAGGUUUUUGGCAGUUUUAGUUUGUUCACAAGAUCAACUUUCAAAUCUGUUAUUGAAGGACUUGACAGUACAGGAGACUGGUGUGUCACUUUCACCUAUCGAACUUAAACCGAGACACAACGCUGUUUGCCAAAACGUGGACAGACAUUUCAAAUAAUCUGGUUACUGUGCUCCCUCGUCACACACUAUCAUCAAAGAUGGUUUAUCUGAAUCUUAAAGCGAAGCCACUCGUGUCCAACGUAACUCUGUAAAUAACGGGGCAUGUGAGCAGAAAGACAAGUGUUUUUAUGUAGUUCCUUCUCUUGACUUGGUACUUCUUAAAAUACCGCAACAUAAUAAACUAUGCAUGCUUUUUUUAUAUAUAUAUAUAUUUCAUUGUAUAUAUUCUCAGAUAAGUAUAAGCUUUAUGCUCUCUUGACAUUUAAGUGUGUUGUUGCACUUCUCUUCAGUAUUUUCUCACACGGCAUUCCAUUUUAUGUUCAUAUUUAAUUUUUCCCAUUACAUUUCUUUUUUUUUUUGGGCCAAACAAAUACAAAUACAUUUCAAAAUAUGUGUACAUAUGUUUUUUUUAUAUGCAUUUUCAGUGCAUCGAGUUUAGUUUCUUGUUUUCCUCUCCCCAGACAUGUAUGAAGCUGUUGUACUUGCUUAUUAUGCAAUAAAGCCUUAUUUUCUUUAA